AUGGUAGUGGCAGUGCCCCUUCUGAACGUGUUGACCAUCGCUGCAGAGUGUCCGAUGCAGCUGGAGGACUUCCCCAUGGACGCACACGCCUGCCCCCUCAAGUUCGGCAGCUAUGCGUACCCGGUGUCCGAGGUGGUCUACACGUGGACAGAGGGACACGCCAAGUCCGUGGUCGUGGCGGAGGACGGGUCCAGACUGAACCAGUACCACCUCCUGGGACAGACGGCCGGAACCGAAGACAUCCACACGAGCCGAGAGCAGCUGCCGUCCCGUCUGCUGCCGCUCACAGCCCAAAAUCUCAGCGCAAAAAGCAUCGGGACGGAAAUAGCGGGACUUUAUUGGCUCCGGCGUCGAAAGCUGGAGUUGGAGAGAGUCCAGGGAAGAGGCAGAGAGCGAUGA